AGAUGACUAAAGAUGGACCACCACCGUACGGGUUCGUGCCACCGCCAUCCGCACCACCGAGCUAUGCGCAGGCUGUGGGAGGUGUGCCCCCGUCCAGCCCGUUCACACCACAGCAACCGGUACUGACCGGGGCCCAGAUUGUGACCACAGUCGUACCGAUUGGGCCACAAUCGACGCAUAUGAUAUGCCCCAGUUGCCAUUCGGAAGUUAACACCAAGACGACGACAUCGCCGGGAAUGAUCGCUUACGUGUCCGGUUUCCUGAUCGCACUGUUCGGAUGCUGGUUGGGAUGUUGCCUAAUACCGUGCUGCAUUGACGAAUGUAUGGAUGUACAUCAUACGUGCCCACACUGUAAAGCGUAUCUGGGACGACACAGGCGAUAAGCCAGCGUUUAAUGGCGGCAGUACACACGUCUGUGUACACUGAUACAUCGAGUGGUAAAAUUGUAAGG